AUGUCCUCUUCAAGCCAACCAGCAGAAUCCUGGAAUUCACCCACAACUUUCACUAUUAAAAACAGAUAUUGCUACUGCAAUCGCAAGGCCACAGUGAAGAUAUCAGAGAGCAAAAGAAUCCGGACAAAUUGUAUUUCUGCUGCUCAAAAUCAUUUUAUUCAGGACGGGAUGGGAUGGGAUGGGAUGGGAUGGGUCAAGGAAGCAGAUUUAUGUAGGCGGCCAUUGUGGCCCGAGCUGGAAACGGCAUUGACUAGUUUGAAAAAACUGUCACUGGGGCAGCACUUAACUGACUUUGCAUUUGCCACGCCCAUUUUUGGGGUCCCUGUGAAGAACCAACUUCGAACCUAUUCUCAAUUACUCUUUCCUGCCAAAUCACUUAUCCCUCCGCUGAUUGGGAAUUUGGCAAAGCUCCGAACUUUGGCCCUCUCUUACAAUGGUCUAAGUGAUCCAAUACCAGAAAGCAUUGGUAAGCUAUCGAAACUUGAGGAAGUGCAUCUAAAUUCUAACAACUUCUCUGGCUCUCUUCCUUCCGGCCUUGGAGAUCUCAGCAGUCUUGGAACAAUGGAUCUUACUUCAAACCAUUUUUCGGGUUCUAUUGGAAAUUUGAUGAAUCUGGUGAACUUGUAUCUAGAGAAUAACUUACUAACAGGCUUUAUACCAAAAAGUAUUGGAAGGAUUCCUUCUUUUUUUGGUCAACUGAAGUCACUCGUUACACUGUCCAUUGAGAAUAACCAGCUUGAGGGGCCAGUCCCUUCCAACUUAGGCCAGUUACAAUCAUUGGCAGAGUUAAAUCUUGGUGGGAACAGAUUAUCUGGUAGACUACUAAAAACUAUUGGCCUGCUCCCACUUUUCACCUUAAGCAUCUCGAACAACAUGAUUGAAGGACCACUACCUGUGGAGAUGUCUUCUCUCACGAAUCUUUCAAGACUCUAUCUAUCAUUCAAUCCGCUGAAUCUCUCGUCAAUUCCAACUUGGCUUGUGGAUAUGCCAUCGAUAAACGCAAUUCACUUGGCUGGAUGUGGAAUAGAAGGUGAAAUUCCAAGGCACCUACAAAGUGCUGCAAGCAGAUGGGCGGAAUUGGACUUGUGGAAAAUUAUGGAUUAA